AGCAUCUUAAUCUUGUCCCAACAUUUUCGUUGCCCAGAACUAUAAAGAUGGAGCAGGUGAGCCUAAUCUCUAUGCACAAAAAUGGUGCAGUUAGGCAACUGUGGUUUAAGUCCUAAACUGACCUAAUCCACUUUGCUGCAUUAAUUUAUAUAGAGCUAGAGUGGUGGAUGGACCAUAGAGUCUAAUACAGAAUGGCAGAGAAAGAAGUCACAGCACCCUCAAACAAGAAGCAAGCCAGGCAACCACCAUCAGUUCCAUUUAUCUGGGAAGUGAAACCAGGUUUACCUAAGAAGGACUGGAAACCUGAUGUUUCACCAAUUAAACCAGCCUUUACACCUCCAGUCAAGCUCAUUGCCUCAGUUCCCUUCAACUGGGAGGAAAAGCCUGGAAAACCACUACCCCAUUUUUCACAGCCAUCGCUGGAACCACUGCUACCGACCCCACUGGCAGAACUCGCUUCUCUCACAAGAGCACUAGUACCUUACAGCAACAAAAGUAACAACAAUGAUGAUUGUAAAGGUGGAGGGUGCAACAAUGCCAGUGAUGGUGAUGAUGCGUAUGACCAAGGAGAAUGGAUGUAUGAAUUAGAUAAAGAAGUAUUUGGUUUUGAAACAGAUGAUUCCUUUUGCUCAGCUCCCUCCCUCCUAGCAAAUUGCCUCGUGCCAUCAGCAGCAAUUUCUACUGCUGUUCCAGUGCAAAGAACUUCCUCAACAGAGAACGUCAUUGGCCUGCCAGAUUUAUAUUCCUUCUCAGAUUCUGAAACUGAAAGUACAACCAGCAGCUAUGCAACUGGGUUUUCAAGUCUUGUGGGAGCUUCCUUCUUGGAAUACCUCUUUCCACUGCAUCCACCAGCUUCUGGUUUCCUUGAUAAGGCUGGUCACACUGACAUGAGCUCUCGUAUUCCACCAGAACAAACACAUAAGUAUUAUGGUUAUGAAAAUGAUAGCAAUAUUAUGGUGAGGAGGCCACCAACACUGGGAGAGCUAAUAAUGAUGAGUCGCAGGAGAAGUUGCCAAAGGAAAGCUGUUCAAAUGAGAGAACAUAAAUUAUCAAAGGAAUUUAAUAAGAGAACAUUGGGAUGCUGCUUCUUUGGACCUAGCGUCAAAAUGGUAGAAGGGCUCCAGUGGAAGAAGUACCAACCGAGACUGAAACUGAUAUAGAAGAAAGCUUUUAUUCCAG